AACCGAACAAAAUAUAAGAAGAAUUCCGCAGCUCGGUCAUGGCGUCCGCCGCCAUCCCAAACUCCUCCCACCUCCUACUCUAUCGCCCCUCCCCCUCCCACUUCACCCCCAGUCUUUCCACAUUCCCCCUCAACAAACCCUCCCCUUCCUCCUCCAAAAGAAUCAACCGAAGCACCUCCGCCUCCUCGCCCUUCCGAUGCGCCGUCACCGGCACCGACGAGGCCGCCGUCAAAACCUCACCGCCGGGGACUAAGAAGAAGAGCAGCUUUGAUAUCCAGACCCUAACGACAUGGCUCCUGAAACAGGAGCAAGUUGGCACAAUCGACGCCGAGCUCACAAUCGUCCUCUCCAGCAUCUCCAUGGCCUGCAAGCAGAUCGCCUCGCUUGUGCAGCGCGCCGGCAUAUCCAACCUCACUGGCAUCCAGGGCGCCGUCAAUGUGCAGGGCGAGGACCAGAAGAAGCUCGAUGUCGUAUCCAAUGAGGUAUUUUCGAACUGCUUGAGAUCGAGUGGGAGGACGGGGAUUAUAGCAUCGGAAGAGGAGGAUGUGCCGGUUGCGGUGGAGGAGAGCUAUUCCGGCAAUUACAUCGUCGUAUUUGAUCCAUUGGAUGGAUCUUCAAACAUCGACGCCGCCGUGUCUACCGGUUCUAUCUUUGGAAUUUACAGCCCGAAUGACGAAUGCCUCGCCGAUGUUGAUGAGGACGCCACGCUGGAUCGUUCAGAGGAGAGAUGCGUGGUAAGCGUGUGCCAGCCAGGAACCAACCUCCUUGCCGCCGGCUACGUAAUGUACUCGAGCUCCGUCAUCCUUGUCCUCACACUCGGCAAGGGCGUUUUCGUCUUCAAUCUCGACCCGCUCUACGGCGAGUUCGUCCUCACCCAGGAACAGGUUCGAAUCCCGCGGUCCGGCAAGAUCUACGCCUUCAACGAAGGGAACUAUCUGCUUUGGGACGAGCGACUCCGGGCCUAUAUGGACAGCCUCAAGGAGCCCGGCCCGACCGGCAAUCCCUAUUCCGCCAGGUAUAUCGGCAGCCUUGUUGGCGAUUUUCAUAGAACUCUUCUCUACGGAGGGAUAUACGGGUACCCGCGUGAUAGUAAGAGCAAGAACGGGAAGCUGAGACUCUUGUACGAGUGUGCGCCCAUGAGCUUCAUCGUCGAGCAGGCGGGGGGUAAGGGAUCGGACGGCCACCGCCGAAUCCUCGAUAUCAUUCCCAAUGAGAUUCAUCAGAGAGUUCCACUGUUCAUUGGGAGCGUGGAGGAAGUUGAAAAGGUGGAGAAAUUCCUUUCUGGAGUAUAGUUCCUUCAACGGCCUCAGCAGGAAUUUAGGAAACGUCCUUUGUUUUUUUAACACCAACAGGUGAGCCUGUAUAAAUUAUAUCUGGCAUAUCAGUUUUUCCUCUUUUUUUCCAAAUAUUGGCUACAACAAAAAUCUUGCUGGAAACAUUCUUGAAUUUUGGCAGGACCAAGCUUUAAAAACUGCUAGCGCGGAAGUUUGAAAUGUAUUAUAAGUAUUCUUGGUUAUGGUCA